UUAAAAUCUUGAUUUAAAAAAAAAGAAAAAAGAAAGUUUACCUUUACUUUGAAUGCUUCCAUUCUGGUAUUUUUAUAAUCCCAUCGCUCUCAUGAUAUUCAGACUAUAUGCUUGUGUAAAAACUUGGUUGAAUUAGCUUUGUCAUAAAACGUUUGUAAAACAUAAUUUGCAAACAUAUACCUUUUUUGUGCUGUUGAUUGCAUAAUGAGGUGGUUUAUGAACCAGGCCUAAGUAGCAGAUAUUUAAAUAGGAACACAUCAAACAUAAACACUCAACAACUUCAUGACUAAAUACUCUUCAAAGCUCAGAGCGAGUCUUUUACUUUCUUAAUUUCACAAUUGUAAAAAAAAAACAAAAAACAAAAACAUGCAUAUAACACUUUCUGGCUUAAGGUUGGAAGCUGUAGUUAUAGGAGCUACAUUUAUAAGUGUGGCCAUGGCUGACUUCCUUCCUCUAUGAAAUUAAAAGUCACUCAAAAAUCUUAUCAGGUUUCUUCUGAGAGGUGAGAUUCUGCUAAACCUGUUGAGCUCAUUUUCCCUCCUAAAAGUGCUGCGCAGCCCACUUGUCUUGAUUGGUUUCCAGGUGUUGCUGCAGGAAGUGCUGAAAAUUCAAUACCCCACCAUGCACCUAAUGUGAUUUGUUAGAGCAGAGUGUCUUUCCACCUCGGUGAGCAUCUGAUGAUUGCUCCCUCCCUGGCAGCCUCUGUGUUACGCACGCAGCUAAUUUCUAACUUCUCCUCUUGAAAUGCAAAUCCAUGCAGAUAAAUCUUUGGCUUAAACUUCAUGAAUAUGACUGUGUCCUGUUUGCUCUCUUUCCCUUCGUCAAGUGUCUGCGCCACCGACCAAAAUGCUGACUCCAUGCUGAGGGGUCGGAAAAUGAACGCCUCGUCCUGCUGCGCCGCCCCCGUCGCCAUGUAUCAGCAGAGCUCAGGAUCUGACCUCAACGCCAGCUGCGACCUCUCGGCUCCUCGCUGCAACUGGACUGCCGUGGACGGGACCCCGCAGCUGCCCACGUUUUCCACGGCGGCGAAAGUCAGAGUGAUCGUCACCUUCAUCCUGUGUGGCGUGUCCACCCUCUGCAAUGUGGCAGUGCUCUGGGCGGCCAGCGGCCACCGACGCAGAUCUCACGUGCGCGUGCUGAUCGUGAACUUGACCGCGGCUGACCUCUUGGUCACCCUCAUUGUGAUGCCCGUGGACGCCGCGUGGAACAUCACCGUUCAGUGGCUGGCCGGAGACCUGGCCUGCAGGUUCUUGAUGUUCCUCAAGCUGCAGGCCAUGUACUCCUGCGCUUUUGUCACCGUGGUGAUAAGUCUGGACAGGCAGUCGGCGAUCCUCGACCCCCUGCUGAUCAGCAUGGCUCCGAAGAGGAACAGGGUCAUGCUGACGGUGGCGUGGAUAAUGAGCGCCUUGCUCGCCGUCCCUCAGGUCUUCAUUUUCCACAACGUGACUAUUACAUACCCAGCAAACUUCACUCAGUGCACCACUAGGGGGAGCUUCGUCACUCACUGGCAGGAAACGGCCUACAACAUGUUCACCUUCUCCUGGCUCUUCCUGCUGCCUCUGGCCAUCAUGGUCGUCUGCUACACCCGGAUCUUCAUCCACAUCUCCAAGCAGAUCACAAAAAAGAAUGUGUCCUCUGAUGAACCUCAUCUUCGCUGCUCAAAGAACAACAUCCCAAGAGCUCGGAUGAGAACUUUGAAGAUGAGCGUCGUCAUCGUGGUCUCCUUCAUCGUUUGCUGGACUCCGUACUACCUGCUGGGGCUCUGGUACUGGUUCUUCCCCGACGACCUGGAGGUGAAAGUCUCGCACUCCCUCACCCACAUCCUGUUUAUCUUCGGGCUUUUCAACACCUGCCUUGACCCGAUCAUCUACGGCCUCUUCACCGUGCGCUUCAACCGGAGGCUGAGCAGCAGGGCCGCCGCGGCCUCCGGGGUGGACGCCAAGCCGGCAACAGCGGACUCCGUGAAAUGCACUUUGGCUGGAGGAUCUGCGGAGGGUAGAAGGGAUGGCAGCUGUGAAUCAAAUGAGCAAAAUUCACCGACAGCAGGCUCUGAAUGAGUGCAGCCACUGACGAUGGGGGAGCACAGAAAGCAAUAUGUGAAGAGAAACAAAAGGAAGAAAUGUAACUUUUAUUUGCCAUUGUUACUGGACUCACACUAACACCCAUAUGCAUGUGUGAAAUGAUCUUUAUCACUCAUUAGAAUCCAGAUUUGAAGGUGGGUAAUGAGUUUACUGUUCUCACUGUACAUCUUACAUACAAGCUGUGUCUGCAAAUGGCUUCAGCGUUAGGUCAUUAAAGAGCUUAAAGAACUGCUUGGGGUACUUAAAGGGGCAGUAUUAUGUGUUCUCCAACCACAUGGUAUCGUUUUAUAGCACA